AUGGCUUCUUCUAACAGACACUGGCCAAGCAUGUUUAAGUCCAAGCCCACAUGGCACCAUGAUAUCACUAUCACCGCCACUGCCUCCUCUUCUUCUUCUUCUUCUAGUAGUAGUAGUAGUAGAACCUCUCCUUACUCUUGCGACGACAGAAGCCCUGAGCCCAAGCCCAGGUGGAACCCAAAGCCCGAGCAGAUUCGGAUCCUGGAGUCCAUAUUCAACUCUGGGAUGGUGAACCCUCCCAGGGAUGAGAUCAGGAAGAUAAGGGCUCAGUUGCAAGAGUACGGUCAAGUUGGUGAUGCCAAUGUCUUCUACUGGUUCCAGAACCGCAAGUCUAGAACCAAACACAAGCUCCGCCACCUCCACACCAAGAACAACCCUCCUCCUCCUCCUCCUCCUCCGUCAUCCACCUCAUCCUCCUCCUCCGACAAGUCAUCAUCCCCACCCACCACCACUACUACUACUACCAAUACCAAUACCUAUUUCAAUACCCACAAUCACACCGCCACUAUUCCACCACCGCCGCCGCCGCCGCCGCCGCCGCACGUGGCUGCUGAGACUUUCAUCUUCCCGCUGCAACAUCAUCAAGGUAUAACAUCAUCCCCGCAAGGGCUUUUCUUCUCUGAGCUCUCCAAUGUGGUGCAAGCUCAUCAUUAUCAGCCGUCUCCACCACCACCUCAUCAGCUGAUGAUGCAUAACGUCGUUGGUCCCUGCACUAGUCUCUUGCUUAGUGAGAUCAUGAUGAAUAAUAAUGCUUCAAAGAAAGAACAACAAGAACAUGCCAGCAACAACAAUAAGUCCCUCAAAUUAAUGCACCACACACCAAAGCUUAGUUUCUGCGUCACUCCACCUACUACUACAACCGCCACCACCGCCACCGUCAACGCUCUCCUCACUCAAGAUGCAGUAGGUAGUGGAGAUGGAAGUGAGAAAAUAACGGUGUUCAUAAAUGAUGUGGCGUUUGAGGUGGCGGCGGGGCCAUUCAAUGUAAGGGAGGCAUUUGGGGAGGAUGCAGUCCUCAUUCAUGCCAUAACUGGUCAACCUCUUCUCACUAACCAAUGGGGUCUUACCCUCCACUCUCUCCACCAUGGCGCUUCUUAUUAUCUGCUUCUACAUACCCUCCCUCACGCACCUUAUUAGUAACAAAUCACUCCUCAUUUUCCUUCAUUCCCAUUUCUCAUCACUUACUUUGAUUACUUAUU